GACCGCGCUCAUUUUUUAAAUCAUCUCGUCGAAGCCCUGCAUGAACGAUUUGAGCGGACGGGACGUCUCAAUGAUCUUGAUGAGUCUAUUGCUUUCCUUCGAGAUGUGCUUCUCCUUCCCGCGGAGAAUCAUGAACGCGAUGUUUCUCUUCAAAAACUUGCUACUGGCUUGGGCCGCCGCUUCACGCUGACGGGAUACCCAAAUGAUUUUGAUGAGUCCAUUCAUCUUCAUCGACAAGUGCUUCGCCUCCGUGUCGCGGGGCACCCUCGCCGCGCUGCCGCUCUGCAUGACCUCGCUACUGACCUAAUGUCUCGCUUCCGUGGGGCGAGCUCGCUCGACUAUCUCGACGAGUCCAUUUCUCUCAAUAGAGAGGCACUUCUCAUCCCUGGGGAGGGCCGAGCCCGUGCUUUUUCUUUGCACAACCUGUCUGUCUGCCUGGUCGAGCGCUUCGAACAGACGGGACAGCUGGAAGACCUCGAAGAAUCCAUCGAUCUCAUUCGAAAUGCGGUUCUUCUCCAUCCCGUGGGACAUCCACGGAACGCUUUGCCUCUGAGACACCUCGGUAUCUGUCUGGAUCGUCGCUUCCGGCGGAUGGGAGACCCAGCUGAUCUCGCGGAGUCCAUUGAACUGUUUCGAGAAUCUAUAGCUCUCUGUCCCGUGGGGCACCCCGAGCGUGCUUGUCUUCUGGAAUACCUUGGUAUCGGCUUGAAGAGUCGUUUCCUGAUGACAGGCCAUCCCGAAGAUUUCAGCGAGUCUAUAUCAGCUUUCGAGCAGGCUGCUAGUGAUGAACAUUCUAAGGUAGUAACACGUCUAUCAGCAGCCCGAGAAUGGGCGUACUUUACUCGAACACGUCUUGCUCAGUCCAGCCUGCAUGCAUUUACCAUCGGCGUUUCCCUCAUCCCCCGCCCCUUAUCUACUAUGCCUUUUGUUGCGUUGCAAUACUCGCAUCUAUCAGUGAAUCACAGACAUCCUGAAUUUGUUUCAGAUGCGGCAUCACACGCAAUUCAGAUGGGUCAGCUGGCUUUGGCUACGGAAAUGAUUGAACAAGGGAGGGGUUUGCUUUGGUCCGAAUUGCGGGGCUUGAGGACACCAAUGGAAAGACUCCGAGCUAACUCCGGUCCAGCUCGAGACCCAUUUGGUCCUCUCCUCGCCGAGAAACAUCGCCUUUUGGAAAAUCAGAAACGCAUCAUCGAGCGAAUCCGGGAAAUCCCUACAUUCGAGGCAUUUCUGUGCAGACCUUCGUUUUCUGUCCUCCAAGCUGCUGCGAAACAUGGCCCUGUCAUUACUGUAAAUCUCAGCGAGUAUCGGUCGGACGCGCUCAUUAUUCUCGAACACGGCCCACCGGCACUGGUCCCCACGGAUGAUAAUCUUCACGAAAUUGCACAGAAACUCUCGCAGCAGUUGACAGAGGCGCGGGCCAAGAUCAAAACUGCACCGAAGCAUUAUAAUAUUGUUCUUCGGACUGUUUUAGAAAACCUCUGGGAGCUCGUCGUCUCGCCCGUCAUCACCAAGCUCAAAGAGCUCCGCAUUCCAGAAAUGUCCCGGAUAUUUUGGUGUCCUACAUCCGUCUUGUCAACACUUCCGCUGCAUGCAGCAGGCCCUACUUUGCCUGGCUCGAAGAGUUAUCUUCCCGACUUAUACAUCUCAUCAUACACCCCCACACUCACCUCUCUCAUUACUGCUUUCAACACCGGUGAAUCAUUUGCAAAACCACCACGUCUCCUCCUUAUUGGUCAAUCCACAUCCCUUCCUAGGGUGAAGGAGGAAGCUAAUGAGGUUCUCUACUUCAUGAUCAAGUCAGGCAUCAUGCCCAUGGAGGAACCAGAAGCCAUCCAUGACACUGCCAGAAAUCCCUUUCUUGAUUAUGACUGGCUGCACAUUGCCUCUCAUGGCACGCUCAUCCCUGGAAAGCCCUUCAGCUCUUACUUUUCCCUGAAUGAAGAUACACAUCUCACCCUGUUGGACUUGAUCCAGCUCCAUCAUCCCAAUGCCAACUUUGCAUUCCUCUCAGCAUGCCAUGCAGCAGAAUAUCCUGUGGGGAGCAUUCAUGACGAAGCUAUUCACCUCGCUGCCGCAGUACAGUUCUGUGGUUUCCGGAGCGUGGUUGGACCAAUGUGGGAGAUGGCUGAUGUAGACGGGCCGGAUCUGGUGAAAGAUUUCUACUCGUAUGUAUUUGAAUCAGAUGUGGAUUCAUCUCAAUGGAAUAAGGUGGGGCUGCAUGCCAGAGCAUUGGCCUCAGCAACUAAGAAAAUGAGGGAAAGGAAGGGUAUGACACUUGAGAGAUGGGGGAGGCUCAUAUCUCGAAAUGAGUCCUGUUAG